CCAGGCAAGCCUGGGAACCAAUAAAAGGGGAUGGAAAAUCUGACGGUGGAAGUGGAUUUCCAGAAAGCACAGAUGCAUACAAUUUAACAGAACAAGGAGAUGUGUAGGCAUGGUAGUUGAUUGUGGGGGGCCUUUCAAGUUUUGUUUUUGGCCAGACUACAAUUUGCCAGCGUAAAACUUGGAUACCCAUAUCACGGUUUUGCGAUGCGUUUUCGGCCAGUUCCGCAAUAGGGGAACCUUUUAGGCCUCCAUAUUUAUCGGUUGUUUUGACUACCUGUGCAUUGUGGAUUUUAGAAGUGGAUUGCCCAAUUGGUUGGAAGUCUGUUGUUUUUAGAAUUUUAGUAUUAUCUACCCACUGGCCCAUCUGGGUAGUUGUUGUUGCCAUUUCAUCACAAUAAGACUUCAUCCCUACUUCUCCCUCCCACAAGCUCAGCUAUCAUAAAGCACGGAAUUCUUCUGGGUGUUGUACGAAGUUGUGUGUUUAAGGGCAAGAGAUCUGAGUAUUCCAAUACCCAAGUGGUGAUUUUGGGCUUUUUAGGUUUUACUGAGAGAUGCCAGGAUUGGUAUCAGGAGAUGCCAUGGAGGAGCAGGGGAAUCAGAACCAUAAUCAGAGUCGUACCCCGCAAGCUGAUCCCUUGACUCCGGGACUGAAGAACAUGAAAUCCGAGUCUGAGAUUGAUUCAUUGAAUCCCACGGACCACAACAGUCCACAGCAGCAUCACAAUUCAGUCAAUAACGAUAAUAAGCCUGAGAAUGGAGGUUCUGGGAAUGAGAAUGUGUCUGCUAGUAUAGAAGAGCUGUAUGAAAAUGUUUGCCAAAUGAAGAGCUCGGGGGAUCAAUCGCCUUCUAGACCGAGUUCUUCUGAAGAAUCUGAGGUUGAGGAUUUGAGAAUUGAAUCUGAACUGCAGGAGCUGGCUGGAGGAGAAAAGCCUUCAUCUUCUUCAUCUGGUGCUGCUGCAGAGAAGCAACCCAUCAAGGAGGGGAAACUCGUCAAGGAAGCAAAGACUACUACUCCCCAUAAAGUUGUCAGCAAUGGAGCUGCUGCUGCCAAGGCUGCAGGUAAGGAAAUCCAACCUGAAACUAAGAAAACUGGUAGUGCUGAGAAGAAUAAGGUUAUUCCUGACAGACCCAUUAAGCCUGUUUCUUCAAUCCAAACCAAGAAGCCGCCAACUAAAUUGGUAAUCAGCUCAGAUGUUUCAGUCAAGGCCAGGACUAGCCCUACCAAGGCUAGAGCUAGUCCUAGUAAGGCCAUUACCAGAAAUAAUGCCCUUAGUACCCCUACCAAAGCCACCCCUAAGCAGCAGCUCUCCAAGAGCACCCCGGAUGAGAAUUCCAAGCAGCAGCAAUCCAAGAGCCCUCAAGAUGAGAAUUCUGAUAGAAAUCCAAACCCCAUCAAUGAGGAGACUGCAUCUUUGGUAGGGGUGACCCCAAAGAAGCUCUUCGAAAGCCCAGAUAAGCCUCCCAGGAGGCUGAGUUCUAGUCCCAUGAGGAAGAAGAGGUCCUUGCCUGUUGUAGUUAGCAAAGCCAGCAAGGAAGCAGACGAGACAUUGGAAUUAGGCCUUGACAACCCAGAUCUUGGACCAUUCCUGCUUAAACUCGCAAGGAGUAUGAUUGCAUCCGGGGACAAUCCUUACAAGGCACUGGAAUGUGCUGUAAGGGCAUCCAAAUCAUUUGAGAAGUGUGCCGAUGGCAAACCCAGUUUAGAAUUGGUAAUGAGUUUGCAUAUUCUGGCAGCAAUUCAUUGCAGUUUGGGGCAGUACGAGGAAGCAAUUCCGGUACUCGAGCGGUCCAUCGAAGUUCCUGCCUUGGAGGAAGGGCCAGAGCACGCACUUGCAGCAUUUGCAGGACAUAUGCAGCUAGGUGACACCCAUGCUAUGCUGGGCCAGCUUGAGAAUUCUAUAGAAUGUUAUAAAUCUGGCUUGGAAAUUCAGAAACAGAUCCUUGGAGAAAUGGAUCCCAGGGUUGGAGAGACUUGUCGAUAUUUGGCAGAAGCCUAUGUACAGGCAAUGCAGUUCGAUGAGGCCGAGAAGCUUUGCCAACAUGCUCUUGAUAUACAUAAAGAGCACAGCACCCCUGCCUCUCUUGAAGAAGCAGCUGAUAGGAGACUAAUGGCAUUGAUUUGUGAUGGAAAAGGGGACUUUGAGGGUGCCCUGGAACAUUUGGUCUUAGCAAGCAUGGCAAUGAUUUCAAAUGGUCAAGAAACGGAGGUAGCUUCAGUGGAUUGCAGUAUCGGAGAUACUUACCUGUCCUUGGGACGAUACGAUGAAGCUGUAUUUGCAUAUCAGAAGUCUCUCACCGUUUUUAAAUCUACAAAAGGUGAGAACCAUCCUUCAGUUGCUGCAGUUUUUGUCCGCCUUGCAGAUCUGUACUACAAGACAGGAAAACUGAGGGAAUCCAAAACAUACUGUGAGAACGCUCUCAGGAUUUAUAAUAAACCCAUUGCAGGGCAUCCUCCCGAGGAUAUAGCAAGUGGAUUAACAGAAGUAUCUGCAAUAUAUGAAGCUACUGAUGAGCCUGAUCAAGCGCUUCGGCUUCUCCAAAAGGCUCACAAGCUUUUGGAUGAUGCUCCUGGUCAACAGAGCUCAGUAGCAGGCAUUGAAGCACAGAUUGGAGUGAUUUAUUAUGUUUUAGGGAAGUAUGCUGAGUCAUACGCUUCUUUCAAAAAUGCAGUGGCAAAACUGCGGGCAAGUGGUGAGAAAAAAUCUGCCUUUUUUGGUAUUGUCCUGAAUCAGAUGGGAUUGGCAUGUGUGCAACGGUAUGCCAUAAAUGAAGCUGCAGAUUUGUUUGAAGAAGCCAGGAGUAUAUUGGAAGAAGUAUGCAGUACCUAUCAUCCAGAUACACUUGCAGUUUAUAGCAAUUUGGCUGGUACAUAUGAUGCAAUGGGCAGGUUAGAAGACGCGAUUGCAAUUUUGGAGUACAUAGUUCAAAUCAGAGAGGAGAAACUUGGUACAGCAAAUCCAGAUGUGGAUGAUGAGAAGAAAAGACUGGCUGAGCUCUUGAAAGAAGCCGGCCGAGCACGAAGCAGAAAGGCCAAAUCACUUGAAACUCUACUUCAGUCAAAUUCUCAAAAGAAGAAAAAGGAGAAAGUGAAGUGAUUAAAAUGGUAGAUGUCGAUAGUUUCUUAUAAGAUUACAGACUGAGUUGGAGCUAGCACAGAGCAGAACAGGUCAGUCUGGUAGGACAGGUCAGUCUACAUUGUUAUGUUGAAAUUCCUUGAACUCAAGAAGAGUACAUUAGCAACAUUAACUCUGUUCUUAGAUGUCUGCUUGCACUAUAUUAUCUACAACUCGAAGGACUAAGUUGAUUUGGCGUGCUGUGGUAUACCAAGGAAUCUCCUAAUCAAGAGUUUGCAAUGUCUGAAGAUGAUUUCUGAGAUUUCUGCUAGUAUACUGGGCUGGUAAAUGAUUCCCUUUUAAGAGUUCACUGUGGAUCGCAUGUUGCUAACCAUUAUUCUGUAAAAUAUGUAAAGGUCAGGAGAUAACACAGAGAUGAUUUAUUUCUGUUUGUUGUGAAAGUUGUGUGUUUGCAUCUGGAUGCCGGCAGUGACAAAUGAGAAAUGAAAGCUUUUGAUUGGUGCGGAUAUCGAAUUGUUCUAGGGCCUGUCAACUGCUUGUUUGCCCCCAUUCUACAAUUUAUGGAUUCAUUUGAAGUUCUGUAGGUAUAAAAAAGUAAUAACUGGCACUGGAUCUCUCUGCUUAUUCUACUUUUCUGAGGCACAUUGGAAACCCAUUUGAGAGACCUUAGCUUGAACAAUUGGAAUUUGCAAGGUAUCAGGAGCUCAUUUAGUAUUUAGCCUUGUUCCAAUGAGCAUGUGCAGGACUCAGAGCAAUUGUAUGCCACUUGCAAUAAUCUGUAACCGUAAAAAUAUUUUCUUAUUUUAUGUUGCAUUCCUUUCAGCAAUCAUUCAUCAGAUUCAUGUGGAUCCUCAUUCUCAUUGUUGGCAUUGGUAUGGACUCAUAAAACCUGUUUCAGAAACAGGAUCAUUGUAUUGCAACAGUAUAUUUAAUUGUGGCCUCUUUGUUUAUCGUCA